AUGUUGUCCGUCUCAUUACCCUCCCUAAGAUCAUUCCUACCGUUCUCCAAGGAAAAGAAGGUAAUAGAUAUACCACCUGUAAAGACGCACGAUAUCGAAGCGCCAGAGAAGCCGGCACGGGCAUUGAAGUACCUGUUGAAACUCAAUCAUGCAAAUUAUGCUAUUCUAUACAAUCACCGAAAAUUCCAUAAUCACGCACCCCAUCUUCUUAGCGGGGCGUUCCUGCAGGGCGCUGACGCAGAUGACCUCACCCGGGUCUAUGAGACAGAGUCCAAGAUAUUGGAGGCAUGGGAAGACUCACCCGCAGAGGUGACAGAUGAGGAUUGGAGAAGCCACCUAGGAUGUCGAGAAUAUCAAAAAGCCUUCGUGGACUAUUACGAAGAUGAACUCGUUCGACUUAACUACGAUUGGAAAGAAGUCGUUGACCAAUAUCUGUUCUCUGGCAACAAUCCACUAUUCAGUUCGAUCAUCGCAGACUUGGGCCACCCUCUCAUUCAUCUCGCCUACGCAUAUGAGAUCAAUAGCCGUGAAGUUGCCAUCGAAGCACUUGGUUUGGCCUCAGUCUGCUACAGUAGCAUACAUAAGUACAUAGACGACCCAGUCUACUCACAAACCGAACCAUCAUACCAAACAACAUACCUGUUCGAAAUUCUCGAAAGAGUCCGAAGUGACAAACAAUUCGACGACCUCCCCAGUACCCCAGACCACCACAACCUUCUCGACACCCAUGAGGCAUCAGUACUAAACCACUGGAAUGCCUGGAAAAUCGAGAACCCUGUGGAACAAUUCCGCGAGAGUCAAGAACUCGCCGCUGCGCUUUUCAGCGCAACUCACGGAAGCCAGAAGUACGACUUCUUUCUUGUGCAUAUAGUAACCACCAGCCAUGCAGUCCGCGUCUUGUUGCCAUUGAUUCCGGCCAAAUUCCAGAUCCCACUUCUUCGGCAGUGGUGGUUGAUGACGCUCACCAAUUUUAUUGGGCAGCACCGGCCGGAGAUUCAUAUGGACCGAGUGCACGGGUAUGACCUUCAAGGGCGAGACUGGAAGUGGGCCACGAAUCAGGCAGUCAAAGGUGAAAACUCGACGGACGUGCAUUACGUGAAAGCCAUUCGAUCGUUGGCACAGAUGGCCAUCACUUGGGAAGAUCAGGACAGUUUCUAUUUGAAGGCGGCUGUUCGGUUCGCAGAUGAGUUUGAUGGGUGGGGGUUUGUCUAA